AUGAGCAACAUUGAACAGGAAUCAAGUGCUAAUUCAAGUAAUGGUGAACAGGAACUGAGCAAUAUUGAACAAGAAUCAAGCGCAAAUAAACAAAUAUUAAACGAUCAAAUGCUGAGUAAUACUGAAAUUGAAGAUUUAGAAUCAAUCACCAACUACGAAUUAGAUUUUCAGGAAGCUAGUGAAAAUAUGUCUGAUAAUGAACUACUAACAGAUUCAAAUUCGGUAUCAAACAGCGAAUCAAGUGAAGAUAAUCAUACUACUAUUCAAUUAUCUCCUAGAUUUCCAGAAGCUUUGAGACUUUUGGAAAACAAAGCUCAUUCUAAUAUGACGAAUGAAAUGUAUUGUAAAAUAAUAGAUGCUUUUAGUGAACAAAAUGUAUCUUUAUAUCAUGCUACUAAAAAACUAUUGAGUCUAAUAUCAAUUGAUCCAAUAUGGAUUGAUUGUUGUGUGAAAAGUUGUUGUGCUUUUACUAGAAAUUUGAAAGACCUACAAGAAUACUCAGUAUGUGGAGAGGAGAGAUAUAAAAGAAAUUCCAAAAAACAAGUUGGAGUAGAAUCGAAUGUCGAGAUGGAUAUUAAGACCAAGAUUUUAUUUUACAUUGUACAGUUAUAUCUUGAAAAUCAUGUCUACUUUCCUACACGACCUCCUAAAAACAAACAAGAAAAGAUUUACGAUCUAAGUAAUCUUCCAAAAAGAUCAUAUCAGGAUUAUUUAAAAAAGAUACAAAGAUGGAAAUCAGCUAAGAAUAAUAGAGACAGAAGAAAUAUAGAAACUACUACUA